AUGGAGCCGUUAAAUGGAUCGGUAGUGUGGGCAAAGGGAUAUAUGAUGUCCACGACGAAGCCUGAAUCCGUCAUCGACGAAACUUCGGAAGGAAAGGACCGGGGCUGCAGUUGGCCACCAAAGAAGGCCGACUAUCAUCGCUCGCGGAUGACGGUAGCGUGGGGAAACAAUAGUGAUCUCCCAGUCCGUCAGAUGCAGGAACCGCAAGCCGGAGGAGUGCCCCGUUCUGUGUUGAAACGAUUGCUGGCAAUACCGUCUGCACCUGGUUCACCAAUCGGUAGCCCUCGUCGUCGGUGUGCUUCAGCUUCUGUUGUAGCCAUGGUGCAUAGUCCGAGAGCAUUCGCCAGCAGUGAAAAAGUUCAUUCGAAAAGCGAGACCCUGCCGCCGAUACUGCUUCGUAUCAAUGGUGCUCUCCAACAUUUGCGGCCACGGAAUUUGUUGAUCCCGUCAGACGAAGAAGAAGACGAGAUUAUCGAUGAAGUCAUGAUGCUGCGCCAACAGGUAGCGCUGCUUGUCAAGAGUCUUGAGCAUGAGAAAAAGCGUCGCGCAUCCGAACAGCACCUCAUGCAAAAGAAAAUCAUCGAGCUUCAAAGCUUGAUCCGUGAAAAUGGGCAUGAGGAUGAUCACGAAAUGGACUUUAUGAAGGAGACAUCGUCGUCAACGCAGAUAGACCUUUUCUCGACACGGGAGAAUGAGCUAGAGAACAACCAAACUAGACGAUGGUCAGCUCCGAAGGCGGCUGCACCGAAACACACCCGGCUCCGUGCUCGAAUGCACGCUAUCGUAGUCAACAGUCAACGCGAGACUCAAACACUACGAACCCAAUUGGAAAGUGCGAAGCGAAGCCAAACCAAGCGGGAAAACGAGUUCACGCUCGAGACUACAGUCAAAGUCACAGCACUUGAACAAAAGCACGCUGCAGCCGAGGCUCGACUCACGCAGAAAGCUGCAAACAGUGCCGCACAAGUGAAGAAGCUGGAGGCCGAAAAACUGGAGCUCGUCGCAUGCAUGCAGGUGCAACAAGAGCGUCUGAAGCAGCUGGAGCUUGCUCUUGGUGGUAAGCAGAUCGUGGAUGACUCUCGGUGA